AUGACCCUUUUGGUUGCCAUAUUUGAAAUUAAGGGUGAUAAUAUCUCUACUCCAGACAACUUAUUAUGUGACAUAAAAAUGAUCACUUGUACCAAUAGUGAGGAUGCCCUAUCUGAUAAAAUGUCUGAGCUGAUUGCUACACAACCGUUUGAUAGAAAUCAAGUCACUGAACAAACUUUGAAGCAUGAACUUUCUAGGCCUAUUUCUUCAGUGAUAUCAGUUAAACUAUAUGAUGAAUCUAUCUUAAACAACGCAAUUGAGGGCUUUACGCAGAGAUUAGCUUAUUGA